AUGCACAUAAAAGCAUUUAAAAUGGACAUUAAGCCACGGCAGUUUCUCUUCAUUGAUCGCACGCUUUAUCUGCUCACUCAUAGUGCCAUACACAUAAUUGAUUUCAAGGGCGAUAUAAAACCUGACAUACCGCUGCAAAACGCGGUAUUGAGAAAGACGAAGAAGAGAGGGCCGCACAAAAAUGACAUUGCAAUAAGGGGAACGGACAAGAACAAAAGAAAACACGUGAUAACCGACAUGCACACCGGCGGCAAAGCGAUUAAUAUAGCAGUGAAAAAUAUAAAAGUAGUGGGAAAAUAUAUUUUGGUACAAAGUGCUGAUGACUAUAUGUAUUACGUUAAGAUUGGCGAAACUGAUCUUACAAGAUAUUGUAUGAAGGUUGAGAAGGUUGUAUACGACGGAAAGAUGUACUUCAUUAAUGAUAAUUGCAUAUUUGAGACAAAUGUAACGAAGUUAAGGGAAUAUCCGAGGGUGAUUCUGGUUUUUCCUGGCAAAAUUGACAACUUAGAAAUCAUAGACGGCAAAUUACUAUUCUUUGCGAACAGAAGAGCGUUCUUGGCUGAAAAAACAGGGUUUGAUUACGAACAACAUAUUUCUGGUGUUCGUACCGGAAACGAUAGUCGCACCACCUAUGAACUAAACGGUGAACAGCAGGAGGGCGCCACGAACAAAAAAGGAUGUGGUAUCUUUAAUUUUGUUGAAAUUGGUGCGCUAAGUGAACUAGAGUUCACACAUACUGCGAAUAACAAACGAUUCGUACUAUUAGUUACUGAGGAUAGCAUCAUAGUUUUCUCUUAUAACACGGAAGCAGUUGUGCUAAAACGACCUGAUGAUUUCCAUCAAGCCGUACUCGUCAAAUCGUAUGUUUUGAUCUUCUCGCACAAAGUUCUCAUUUACAACGCGAUCGACGGCACAUUAAUCAAAGAAAUAGCGUUGACCGCUUUCAGUGCAGUGUAUGAUGAGAUAAGUGACAGUUUAGUGAUGUAUAACAGCGUGCUAUUUUGUGCCCACAUCUCUGAUUUACUCAAUGGAUCCGAUAAGGAGGUUGAACAAAUUAAUCUUACGGAUGGCAAGGAGCAGAACAAAGGGAAAUUGAAUCGAAGUGCUCAGAAUCGAGAGGAACAGUUCGUUGAAGAGAAGAAUAUUGCCAACAACCAUAUGAAUAGCGAGGAAUCUAUCGGUUGUCUGAUGAAUGAACAAGUAGAAAACGAUCGAAUUGAGGAUAGAGAUGGAUCUGUGAAAUGUUUGAAUAGCGAUAAAAAGACUUCAAGCGCUGUCAUGAAAGAAACAAACGAUGAUUUUAUCGCAGAGAAUAAGGACAGGCUUCAUAGGGAAACAAAUACUCAAAAGAAGACCCAUUUUGACGCUUUGAUAGAACACAAGCUAUUCAAGUUCGCUUACCCAAUCAAUCCAAGGCAAACAUUUCUGCAUUACAGCAGAUGUGCGUACAAAUCGCAGAAUGUUUUGAAAGCGCUUUUCUUCUACGCACAGACAGCCAAAAAGUAUUCGUUUAACAGAUCAAAUGUUAUAGAACUGUGCCAACAAAGAAAAAAAAUAGAUCUUAUGACAUACAAAGUAGUAUUGGAAUGCGAUAUAGCAGACAAUAUGCGAGUAACAGUAAGCGAUUUGAUAUAUUUCCUAUGUAUAAGAAGUGUUUUCAUGAAGAAAGAGAUAAAUUAUCUCUUUUAUCUGUUCUGCAUCUUAAAAAUGAGGAAGCACCAAAGAAAUCUUCUCAGAUUUGCGAUUGAAAAUGAACUGCGAAUCAAACUGCUGGACAGAAUUGAUCAUGACGAGCUGCUCAACGGUAAAGUUGAACAGGAAAAGGCAGAUAGAAAAGAUCAAGCGUGCAAUAUGGAAAUGGAUGAGUUGCCGAUCCAGGGAGAGAGCACCAAAGACACGUCAUCUGCGGCAUUUCUAUCGGUAAAACCGCUGAAUGAACACACUUCAGCUGAGAAAAAGGGGAAUCGAUUCUUGAUAACCAAACAGCUGUCCAAAAAAUUGGUAUUGCAGUACUGGAAGAUUCACAGACCUGAGAAAGCAGUCCUUUAUUACUUCACCACUGAGAAAUACAGAAAAUGUACGCGCAUACUUCUAAAAACAUAUCACAAAAUACCACAACUUCAACACUUACUCUUUCAAACCCUACUAUUUACUAAAAUACCAAACGUGUCCGUGCUCAAGCUCUAUGACCUGUAUUUCCCUGACCUACUAAUGCUUCUAACAAAACAUGAAGCGUUAGAAAGCCUGGUUCUUUAUUUCAAGCAUGUUAUUGAUCCACUCAAAAACUCACAAGUAAUUUUGAAAAGCGUGCAGCGAAUGGAUGCAAAUGAAUGUGAAAUGAUUGUGAGUAUCGUUAAUGACAUGGAAAUGAACGAAAGUAUGAGUGAUUUUAGGGAAACAUUAGAAUUUGUGUGUAAUGAGCGAAAGGAGAUGAAAGGUAGUAUAUUUAAAUGCAGUGGAAAGAUCAUCAAUCCAUGAAAGAUAUUCCAACAGUUUGGUACGUCUGAAAGAGUAUCAUGUAUGAUUGGUGACGAAUCGAUGUUCACUUUACACAAAUAAGGGAUCGAAGCAAUUUGCCGAUGAAAUGUGACAUCUCG